GCUCUCCGACAGGAAGUGCGCAAAGCCGGAAGCGGAAGCGUUUACGGUGCGCGAUGGCAGCGGCGGUGUCGGCGCUCGGCGGUUUGGGGGUUCCCGAUCCCGAUGGCGGGGGCUCCUCGGGCUCGGAGGACGAGGCGAGGCCUGGCACGGCGGCGGCGGCGGCAGCGCAGAAGCGGGAGGAGCGGCUGCGCAAGUUCCGCGAGCUCCACAUGAAGCGGAAUGAGGCUCGCAAGCUGAAUCACCAAGAAGUGGUGGAAGAAGAUAAAAGACUUAAAUUGCCACCAAACUGGGAAGCCAAAAAAGCUCGGCUGGAAUGGGAGCUGAGAGUGGAGGAAAAGAAGAAGGAAUGUGCGGCGAGAGGAGAAGACUACGAGCGAGUCAAACUGCUGGAGAUCAGUGCUGAGGAUGCUGAGAGAUGGGAAAGGAAAAAGAAGAGGAAGAAUCCAGAUCUGGGAUUUUCAGAUUACGCAGCUGCUCAGCUGCGGCAGUACCAGCGGUUAACGCGGCAGAUCAAACCUGACCUGGAGCAGUACGAGAAGCUGAAAGAGCAGUAUGGUGAAGCGCUUUAUCCCACAUCUGACAGUCUCCUCCAUGGAACACACGUGCCAUCUAAGGAAGGGGUUGAUAGAAUGGUUGCAGAUCUUGAAAAACAGAUUGAAAAGCGUGACAAAUACAGCCGACGACGUCCUUACAACGAUGAUGCAGACAUCGACUACAUCAACGAGAGAAAUGCCAAGUUCAACAAGAAGGCCGAGAGGUUCUAUGGGAAGUACACAGCCGAGAUUAAACAGAACCUGGAGAGAGGAACAGCUGUCUGAACCCUCAGCUCCAGCAGAGCACCUACAACAGCCCUACUGUCUGUUAGAAUUUGGUACAGAGAUUUUGCAGGCAAUUUUAAGAAAAAUGCUUUGUAGGCCUCAAUAUGUAAUCUCAACAGUAUAUUUAAUGUAAUAGAAAUAAUUUGCCUCAGUUUCAGCUGUAUAUAGCUUUUACUUGCAGAAGUAACCAGCUUGUGCAAUUUCACAUUCUAAAUAAACACAAACUCUUAGCACUCAGUUUAGGAUAAAGCUGGUUUCAUUCUACUAAGUCCCUGAAAAAGCACUUGUUGAGCAAGAAGGUACAAGAACAGGCAGCACCUGCACAGCACAGCUGCCCCCCCCCAAGCAGGUGAUCAGAUCACGUCCAGCACCAAGUUGCCACAAAAUACAUAAUCAUGAGCAUGUUUGCGAGCCUGGUCUCAAUUUUAGUAAAGUUUCUUAAAAAAAGCUUCCAGACUGCAGGAGUCAAAUUCAGUUUAUUUUACUAGCAGUUUAUUUUUACAAAAAGAGGAGUUGAACUGAUGGCUCUAAUCCACACAGCAGCCUGUUGACUUGCUUGUAAUACCCCUCUACUCAAUGAAGAAAAAUAUCUGGGUAAGUUACUCCAGAGGCCCUGAACUAACCACAGCCUGGGCAGGGACCAUUCCAGUGCAGAGUUCCACCUUCAGAACAAUGCAGAAAUUAUCACCAAGUGCAACAGAAGGUAACAGCAGGGUAAGAGAAAGCUAAACCUGGAGAUAACCACUUACAGGACACGUCAACUUACUACUCAACACAUUGAGAGGCAGUGCAAAACUCAACUUUAUUGAAAUAAACAGUUACACAAUGUAAAUCAACUGUUUAAAGUAACAGCUACUGAACUAUCAUUUAGAAAAAGUUACCCACCUGUAAGUUCUAGUCCAUUAAAGCAAUACAAAAUAUUUACAAAUAUACACAAGAUUCCCAUCUGCGGCUUCUGGAUCACUGUGCUCUACAUCUGAAAGAGAAACCUAAGAUUCCAAAAUUAAGAUCUCAGAAUAAAUACUCAGUAUUAACAAGUCUUCAACCUCAUCAGAAAGUUUCAGAUCUCGCUACUGAAGUAAGCGUAAUGCUGCAGUCAGAGAUAGCAAGAAAAAUAUGCUAGCGUGCCCGGAACAGUACGCUUUUAGGUGAGAAGUUUAAAAAUGUAUUCUUCUCCUUCUUGACAGGAACCCAUUGCCCGUACGGACUUCCCUUUCUGUCGUCUUCUCGUCCCAGAGAAAUUACCGGUUCCUUAACAACAUGGCUUGCUGGCUUCUGUAGUACUGGUUUUGCCAUUGUAUUCUGCAAAAAUAAAAUUUUCUUUAAAAAUGCUAGAACAAGAAGGAAUGUACUAAGACCUGCCAACUUCAGGGCUUUGUAAGAUAAAACAAAUGGUUUCUUUCCAGCUCACAAGAGACCUGAUGCCUACUGAGCAGCAGUGCAUAUACUUAAUUGACACAGGAUUCAGGGAAGUUGCUUUUUCCUUAGUUCUGCAUUAUUAAAAUAUAACCAAACGUGCAACUUCAAAUAAGUUCUGGUGUAAACCAGUUCUGUACUACAGACUCCAAAGUGUAUGCCAGAUGUUCAACAUUAUUAGGUGCUGAAAGGUAAACAUCCAUUUUGAACACACUGCUGUAGUGUUUACAGUGCUCUACUGCUGAAGUACUGAUCUAACCCCUCCAGGAAAGUCACUACCAAACCAUUAAUUACCAUGAGGAUCUUUAAUUUGGCAACCAGCACUGGGAAUAACCUAAUGCAGGGGGUGAUUAAUUACUGGAAUUCCCCCUUGGGAAAUGACACUUACAUUAGGACUGAAAGAAAUGCUUCUCUGUAGGGUCACUCGCUCCAGUCCACUCUUGGUUAUGUCUUCUGCUGUUCUGCUGGGUUGCUAGAGAAGAGCACACACAGCUUUAGCAGGAGGAUGCAUUACUCCAUGCUAGUUAACACAGUUACUACAAUGUAUGAACUUUCUGGUAGAGUUGUUUCAGAUAUUUACAUCAAAAGUAGCUGUAAGCUACUAAAUAUGCAAACAGAUCAAUGCUGAGCUCAAUUUGAAAAGCAUUCAGUUUUUUUUACCAAUGUCAUUGGGCCAAUUCACACGUGACCUGAUGUCCAUGCCCCGGUUACAGCUUUAAAGGAUUCAAAGCACGGACUGUGAUACAAUGAGGUGUAGUGGUAGAACAAGUUGCUUUAAGUUCUGCAUGUCCAUCCUGCAGAGCUUUGGAUAAUGACAAUAAACUUAUCUGCAAGUGAUGCAGGCCUCUUCUUCUGUACUCUCUCAACAUCUGGAAUAUAUUGCAUAUAUUAUGAAAGGGAUGCCUGUACCAUUUCUCUAAUACCCUUAGUAAAUUUACUUCCAUUUGAAAUCGCAGCAUCUGAUUGAUCUAACAGUUAUCGCAGUUUUGUAUUUACAAUGAAUCAGGUUACACAGCAUAACAGAGCCAAACUAAAAUUCAAAUUCAGUUUAAGCGGCUCAAGUUUCUCCCUCCCUUAAAUGCACAGCAGCUAUAGCCCACAAGUCCCUUAAUUACCAACAGAUUUUCUUCAUCAUGUCUGGAACCAUAGUCAUGAUUUCUAUAAGACAGAAAUAAAGUAUGUAAAAUG